AGUGAGCGGAGCCUGCGAGAGGGAGGAGCGCAUCCUGAUGCAGAGAUGCUGCAGUGGCUCGGGGCGCGCACACACAUACGCACCCUCGCCCGCUGCCGCCACGCCAGGACAGCCAGUGGCUAAGGCCGGCGGGGCCAAGCAGCCCCGAGGCUGGCGGCAGGGUCUGCUCACCAGGCAACCGCAGCACUGCCCCAGCCAACACCCUUCCCGCACUCUAGGUGUGUCUCAGUCUCCAGUUGACUCUCCUGGAGCUGGGCUGCAGCUCCUCUCUUCUGGACUCUGCCUUUGCCUGAAACACCCACCAUGGGAGCACCGGCCAGGAAAAGGGCAAGCUUGCUGCUGCUGCUGCUGGCCACAAUGGCUCUGGUCUCCUCUCCAGGAUGGAGUUUUUCCCAGGGAACCCCAGCUACCUUUGGACCCGUCUUUGAAGAGCAACCUGUUGGCCUGCUAUUCCCAGAGGAGUCUGCAGAGGAUCAGGUGACACUGGCGUGCCGUGCCCGAGCUAGCCCUCCAGCCACCUAUAGGUGGAAGAUGAACGGCACAGAGAUGAACCUGGAACCUGGUUCCCGUCACCAGCUGAUGGGGGGCAACCUGGUCAUCAUGAGUCCCACCAAAGCACAGGAUGCUGGUGUCUACCAGUGCCUAGCCUCUAACCCAGUAGGCACUGUCGUCAGCAAGGAAGCUGUCCUCCGCUUCGGCUUUCUACAGGAAUUCUCCAAGGAGGAGAGAGACCCCGUGAAAACCCACGAGGGCUGGGGGGUGAUGCUGCCCUGUAACCCACCUGCCCACUACCCAGGUUUGUCCUACCGCUGGCUCCUCAACGAGUUCCCCAACUUCAUCCCAACGGAUGGGCGUCACUUCGUGUCCCAGACCACAGGGAACCUGUACAUCGCCCGCACCAAUGCCUCGGACCUGGGCAACUACUCUUGCCUGGCUACCAGCCACCUGGACUUCUCCACCAAGAGCGUCUUCAGCAAAUUCGCGCAGCUCAACCUGGCUGCUGAAGAUCCUCGACUCUUUGCUCCCAGUAUCAAAGCCCGGUUCCCCCCAGAGACGUACGCACUGGUUGGGCAGCAGGUCACCCUGGAGUGCUUUGCCUUUGGGAACCCUGUUCCCAGGAUCAAGUGGCGCAAAGUGGAUGGUUCCUUGUCCCCUCAGUGGGGCACAGCAGAGCCCACCCUGCAGAUCCCCAGUGUUAGCUUUGAAGAUGAGGGUACCUAUGAAUGUGAGGCAGAGAACUCCAAGGGCCGUGACACCGUCCAGGGACGCAUCAUUGUGCAAGCUCAGCCUGAGUGGCUAAAGGUGAUCUCAGACACAGAAGCCGACAUUGGUUCCAACUUACGUUGGGGCUGUGCUGCGGCAGGCAAGCCUCGGCCCAUGGUGCGCUGGCUGAGAAACGGGGAACCUCUGGCCUCCCAGAACCGGGUGGAGGUCUUGGCUGGGGACCUGCGAUUCUCUAAGCUGAACCUGGAGGACUCCGGCAUGUACCAGUGUGUGGCAGAAAACAAGCAUGGCACCAUCUAUGCCAGUGCUGAGCUGGCUGUACAAGCUCUGGCCCCAGACUUCAGGCAGAACCCUGUGAGGCGGCUGAUCCCUGCAGCCCGAGGGGGAGAGAUCAGUAUCCCGUGCCAGCCCCGUGCGGCUCCAAAAGCUACAAUACUGUGGAGCAAGGGUACUGAGAUUCUGGGGAACAGUACCAGAGUGACUGUCACUUUGGACGGCACCUUGAUUAUCAGAAACAUCAGUCGAUCGGAUGAAGGCAAAUAUACCUGCUUUGCUGAGAACUUCAUGGGCAAAGCCAACAGUACCGGGAUCCUGUCUGUGCGAGAUGCAACGAAGAUCACGCUAGCUCCUUCGAGUGCUGACAUCAAUGUGGGUGAUAACCUGACCCUACAGUGCCACGCCUCGCAUGACCCCACUAUGGACCUCACGUUCACCUGGACCCUGGAUGACUUCCCUGUUGACUUUGAUAAGCCUGGAGGUCACUACCGGAGAGCCAGUGUGAAGGAGACCAUUGGGGACCUGACUAUCCUGAAUGCCCAGCUACGCCACGGAGGGACAUACACAUGCAUGGCCCAGACAGUGGUGGAUGGUGCAUCCAAGGAGGCCACAGUCCUGGUCCGAGGUCCCCCAGGUCCUCCUGGGGGUGUGGUGGUGAGAGACAUUGGAGACACUACUGUUCAGCUUAGCUGGAGUCGUGGCUUUGACAAUCACAGCCCCAUUGCCAAGUACACCCUGCAAGCGCGGACUCCACCCUCAGGGAAAUGGAAGCAGGUUCGGACCAAUCCUGUGAAUAUCGAGGGCAACGCGGAAACUGCCCAGGUGCUGGGGCUCAUGCCUUGGAUGGACUAUGAGUUUCGGGUUUCAGCUAGCAACAUCUUGGGCACUGGGGAGCCCAGCGGCCCCUCCAGCAGAAUCCGCACUAAGGAAGCAGUCCCCUCUGUGGCACCAUCUGGACUCAGUGGAGGGGGAGGAGCCCCUGGAGAGCUUACCAUCAACUGGACUCCCAUGUCACGAGAGUACCAGAAUGGAGACGGCUUCGGCUACCUGCUGUCCUUCCGCAGGCAAGGCAGCUCCAGUUGGCAGACGGCCCGGGUGCCCGGCGCUGAUACCCAGUACUUCGUCUACAGCAACGAUAGCAUCCAUCCCUACACACCCUUUGAGGUCAAGAUCCGAAGCUACAAUCGCCGGGGGGAUGGGCCCGAGAGCCUCACUGCCAUCGUGUACUCAGCAGAGGAAGAGCCCAAGGUGGCCCCUGCCAAGGUCUGGGCCAAGGGUUCCUCAUCCUCAGAGAUGAACGUAAGCUGGGAGCCUGUGCUACAAGACAUGAACGGCAUCCUCCUGGGAUAUGAGAUUCGCUACUGGAAAGCCGGGGACAAAGAAGCUGCCGCUGACCGAGUGAGGACGGCAGGGCUAGACUCCAGUGCCCGAGUCACCGGCCUGUACCCCAACACCAAGUACCAUGUAACUGUGAGGGCCUACAACAGGGCUGGCACCGGACCAGCUAGCCCUUCAGCUGAUGCCAUGACCAUGAAGCCCCCACCACGGCGACCUCCUGGCAACAUCUCCUGGACUUUCUCAAGUUCCAGCCUCAGCCUUAAGUGGGACCCUGUGGUUCCUCUCCGAAAUGAAUCUACAGUCACUGGCUACAAGAUGUUGUAUCAGAAUGACCUGCAGCCAACUCCUAUGCUCCACCUCACCAGCAAGAACUGGAUAGAAAUACCAGUACCUGAAGACAUUGGUCACGCUCUGGUGCAGAUUCGAACCACGGGGCCUGGAGGGGAUGGGAUACCAGCCGAAGUCCACAUUGUGAGAAAUGGAGGCACCAGCAUGAUGGUGGAGAGCUCAGCCGUCCGCCCUGCCCAUCCUGGCCCGGUGUUCUCCUGCAUGGUUAUACUGAUGCUCGCCGGAUGCCAGAGGCUCUGAUCUCAACGCUGCCCGCCACGCCCAAGCUGGACACCCACCCUAACAGACACAGCGGCUGGCCACAGCCCCCCUCCAACGCCAAGGUGGUCCAACACUGCCUGAGAGUGGCUGGCUUAGACACCUUCUCCCAACAGUACCCUUUACGUAGGAGGUAGGAUAUUUCUAUUCUGCCACAGGAUAGAACCAGGCAAGGAAUUUUUCUUUAAAUCAAGAGGCACUGGGCAGUGACUUCCAUGAUAAUACUAGACCUAAUGCCUGGACCCUCUGGGGUCCUGGACAGAAGGAACAAGCCUUUGGAUAGAAGGUAUUUGACAUACAUCUUCAGAUCAAGUGGAUGGCCCUCUGGGGCCACAAGUGGGCACUGCCAUCUCUCAUCUCUCUGGGAUGAGAGUCCCAGGCCCAGCAGGAACAUGGGCAGCAGUGGGCUAUCAAUUUCCCUCUAUGAAGCAGAGGGACCUUUCCUAGUCCUUGCUGGAGAAGCACCAGUUAGUCCCCACGUGGGCUUCGUGGCUCCCCGGCAGUCCUGCUUACUCAGUAGCCAAGAACAAGGCCCUGGGUUACUGGGGAUAAGAGCUCUAAAGGGUUGAGAGGCUACACCACCUGAUGGAAAGGGGCACCAGACUGAAGCCCAUUCACCACCCCGGUGGCACUGCCCUCUCAGCCAGCACUGCCAUCCCUGCCAUCCUCCAGAUGGAAUGGUGGAGUGACAGGGCCACUUGAGGUGGCUAUGUGACUAAAGGGCUUGUCUCGAGUUGCCUUGCCUCAUCGGGAUGCUCCCUUCAUGGACCCUCCAGGGUAGGGGCAGGCGACGCCCAUCUGAAUGCCGUGCUCUUCCCUUCAGCUCUGCUGCAGACUUGUGCCUGCCUCCUCCUCCCAUAACUGCAGGCCCUGGAAACCAGCUCUCAACACAGCAUCCAUUCUUUGUCCUGGGAUGGAGAGGCAUCUGAGAAGGGUCAGCAUCAAUGUGGCCCUGCCUGCUUCCAGGAAUACCCUCCAUCACCUGGCCACACCUGCUCCCCAAACUGCCUGGACUCUCUUGGGUCCCCGGAAGUAAAGAGUUAAUGAGGUGGUGGAGGUGGAGGCAGCCUGCCUUGAGCUCUGGGUACAUUACCAGUGACAGCCCAGACUACAGAAGCUGAAGAAGCCUUAUAGCUUGACUUAUCCAUACCUUGCCCUUAACAGAUGAGGAAACGAUGCCGGGCAGUGCUGGCGCACGCCUUUAAUCCCAGCACUUGGGAGACAGAGGCAGGCGGAUUUCUGAGUUCGAGGCCAGCCUGGUCUACAAAGUGAGUUCCAGGACAGCCAGGGCUAUACAGAGAAACCCUGUCUUGAAAAUGGAGGUCCAGAAAGGGUUAAGGACUUCUUAGGGUCACAUGAUCUGUAAGUGACAAGGCUUGGUCAAGAACCAGAGUCUCCUCCCCACCUGUGGGAGGCUCUGUGGAGGAGAGAGGUGUGGUGCUGGGCAGUCGCCGCCCGGUCUCUAGGAUGAGCCCUCUGCUUCAAGAGGUUCAGGGUGCUGAGAAGAUCAACAUGGAUGCUCUCAGUCCAAGGCACAGGCAGAUGCUAGGAGUCAGCGGCCUGAGGCUGGCUUCUGCCGGGAACUCAGCAGGGAGAGCUGGCUGGAAGCCUCUCAGGCUCUCUCUUUUCAUUUCAAGAAAAGAAGUCAAAGUGAGGACAGAGUUCCCUAGACCAGGACUCUGUGCAGCCCGACCAGAAGUCGCCAGUGUCCAUGCCCUGAGCCCGUGAGAGCAGCAGAGCAGGCGUUUCAAGAGGCGCUUGCCCUGCUGUUCCUUGGGCCAUUUCUGUAGUUUACAGUUAGAGCUCUAUUUUGUUAUGGGUUUUUAAAACUUUAAGCCCUGCUCUUUUUUCCUGGGCGGGUUUAUGUUAGUAUUUACCCACUACAAUUUUUUAAAGAUGUCCACACACUCACGUACCUUUCCCCCUACCACCUCCAUACCUUCCCCUAGCUAAGGACUGCUUCCUUGGAGCUGAUUAAACCCUCCCUCUUCUGCUCCCAGCAUCUCACAUACAAGGGUGCUAGGGGCUCAGCCAUGUGAUCAUUCUCCCUCCCGUGAACCCCAGAGAUGGUCCAGCAUCCCUCCCUCCCCAUCCUAUGCUGGCUGGGAUUUGGCUCGGGCCUAGCCCUGGAAAACCCUAGCUAGCCCUGGAAAGGGGCACCUGAAACCUUCCAAGGUUUACCUAUUUCUCACUGCCUUGGGUUUGUGGGGUGGGGGGAGUGCUAAAGAAAUGGGUAUCUAGUGUCUGGGCAGGGUAAGUGAACCUGGUCAGGGAGGUGGGAGGCUACAGCCCCUAAGCUUUUCUUCUAACAAGGUCCAUGAAAAGCAGGCAAGCUGCUGGGAGACUGGAGAAGAGGAAAACCUUAGCCCUGUGCAGGUAGCAUUUGUUGUGGGGAGGUGAGGCUGUGCCAGCAGCUUUGGAGCUUCGAGUGUUAUCUAAGGUGUAAGGAGACCGCAGGUGACUCGCCAACGUGAGCUUGUAAAUAGAAAAAAAAAAAAGCCUCUUGCUGAGGAAACUUGGACCUUAACUGGCUUGGGAAGGAGGGCUAGAUCAAAUGGCUUCUCAGAGUCCCUCUCCUGCCAAGGGUCCUCUUGACUUCUGUACAGGCUGGGGAAGCUUUUGGACUGGCCCCUGCUAUGGUCCUGACUGCUAGGGGUGAAGCUGCCUAUAAAUACCUCUCCAGGGGCUGGGAGGUACCCUCUGUUCCAUCCACCACACUGCUCAUUGCCAUCUGAUGGUACAAAUGAGUGGCUCUGCCAUCCAGGGCAGCAGGUGACCCAGACAGUGGGGAAGUCGGGAGGCGAUGGGGCAGGGAUGAGAAGCCUGACCGUGAACAGGAGAGAAUGAAGCCAAGGUCAGGGAAGUCUUCGGGAAUAAGGAAAGUCUUCCUUUGGGUAACCUUUGAGGUGUUUCGGUGUUCUGUCCAAUCCUGGUUGGGUGAAGUCCUGACUUGAGGAGUAGGAGGUGCUGAGUCCUCCCAGAGCUGAGAUCUUAGAAUCCAAAUGCCUAGUACAGGGAAGCCGUAGAGGUACCAUCUGCAGCUUAUUUUAAAAGCCAUCAGUGGGAAUGAUCCCCAGAACAGUCCUUACAAAGUCGUGCCUUCCCCAGCGCAUCCUAGCCCGUACUCUAGCCAAGAGCUCAGCGUGGCUAGCUAAGCUAUCCUUCCCUCACGCCUUUUCUUCUCCUAGUUGUCCAAUAGCCAAUAGGACUCCUGCAUGCCAGGGGGACAGCAGUAUCCUCACACCUGUUAAUGAGUUCAAGUGUGGUGUUCGCUCUCGCUAGCUGAGACUAUACCUUGCCAGGGAGUCUGGAGUGUGCCUCUUGAACCUGUAUAUGUGGUCCCAGGCUUUGGGAAAUCAGGGCAUUAAAGAAAACAAGAGAGGAGGAGGAGGGAAAAAGAAGGAGGGAGAAGGAGGAGGAGGGAGGGGGGAGGAGGAAGAAAAGAUAAAAAAGCUCUGUUCAGAGCCCCAGGUAGCCUCAGAGGCCUAGGGUCCUUAAGUUUCUUUAGAGGGAACGCAACCUGCCUUGGCACCAGAUACCUCCAACUUAGCCCCCGGUUUCAGAGCCCACAUAGCUCUGAGCUCAGGGCUUCACUGGACCACUGAUGACCGUUCUUGUUUAAAUGCAGCUCCUCCACCCCAGCCCACUGUUCGCUCUUGUAGUAGUUAUUGAUUGACUCUGGUAGCAAGCAGUUCUUAAAUAAAGAUGUGUUCUGAACCCGCCUGGGCGGCUGGAAGCACUGCACUUCUCACCUCAUUAAAGCCUGCCUGCCUCCUGGGCCUGUUGUUCAGCCAGUACACCCACCCCUCCCACGGCCAACCUCGAGGAAGCUGUGCACACAGCCCAUACAGCUUCCUCCAACUAGAGGGAAAAGCCAGGCUGGGAGACCUGCAGGCAGAUGGAGGCUGAGCGCUGCUGACAUCCUGAGCAGGUUUCACCUAAUGGUGCUCAGCAUGCUGGAGUGGGGUGAGUUGAGGCGUGGAGCCACUUCCAGUUCCUCGGAUUUCAAUACACUUGAAGUGUUGACUCCCUGGUCCCUAAGGAGUUUCCCCUCCUCCCCCAUGAAGAGAUUAAUGUCCCCAACUGGUAAGGAGGUGACUAUCACCUCUGUUGUUCAAUCAGGGUGACACAAAGUGGUGGAACUCCUAGUCAAUUUCCAGCCUUGACACUCUCCACUGGGUCCAUCUGACUGCUAUUCCAGGUAAGCACACAUAGGGAUACAUGCAAGCAGCCCCAGUUUGGUUUUUCAGUGUCAAGUAGGUAGGACCCACGUUGUGUCUCAGGUUUGUGUGUGUGUGUGUGUGUGUGUGUGUGUUUGUCUUUGGUUUUGUUUUGUUUUGGGAGGAAAGGAAGGUAAAUGGAGGCCUCUCUAUUCAAUGCUUAGUUUUCUGACCAGAGCCCUUCCAGACCUUCCAGCAUGGCAGGUAGACUUUAGUCUUUAGUCAGCUUUUACCUUCCCAGGGCAGUUAUAUACACAAGACUCAGGGAACUGAAUUGAGGGGGGCUUGCUGCUGUAACCGCAGCCACGCAGAUGCUAAGCAGGAUCUUGCCAAGUGGUCCUGGCUGGCCAUGAGCUCACUAUGUAGACUAGACUGCCUCAGUCUCCGAAUAGCUGUGAUUACAGGAAUAUGCCACCUCGACCAGACAGAACUAUGCUGUUGUCUUUACAAAAUCCAUCUGACGGUCUUUGUCCUCCUCUUUGCUCAAUUGCUUUUGACUCAGGAUUUGAAGCAAUUGAGCGGAGUCAAAAUUCAGAAGCCCAAGGCACAGAGAGGCAGCUAUGAACAAGAUCGAUCCACCUUCGACUUGACUAUUGGUCUGCAAGAGAAUGCUGGCAAAGUGUUAAAUGGUUGUCCUGGGUGGUUUCCAUCUACAGAAUGUGAGACAGGAGCCUACAGCAGUAUGUUACCAAGCUCCUUCCAUACAGACAGAAUUCAUCACAGAUCCCUUUACAAUGAGCUAACCCUGUUUCGGGAGACUGCCUAGGACCGAAUCACAUAAUAGGCCCCAAACCCCAGCACUUCGGUUUACAAAACAGCUUACCUCAGGGGAUCUCCCUUGGUCACCCCCAGACAUCUGUGUCCAAGAUGAGGCUGUGACAGGCAGGGGUAACACCUCAACCUCCUGGUGUGACACAGUAAGUAUGCAUCUAUGUAGGGCUCUUUUCAGUACUGAACAGCCAUUUCUCAUGGCAAAGUCCAGGUUGAGGGACAGUAUCUGAGACAAUGGACAAGCCUGAUUCUCCAGUGCAUCGAUAUCAUGAGAAACAUGAAGGACUUGCUAAGAGACCAAAGAGAAAAACACCAAAUGGAGCACAUAGAUCUGUGAUACUGGAUUAAGAUUAUGCUAAAAUACUUUAGGGGUUUUAAAAGUGGAAACCUGAACAGAAGUUGGAUGUAAGACUGGCAGCUGCUGGUUUUCUCGGGUGUGAUACAGGCACACGGCUAUGCAGGAGAAAGCUCAGCUGGACACAGAAAGCUGGGCAUGGAGAUACACAUUUGUAAUCCUGGCACUGGAGAGGCAGAGACAGGUGGAUUCCUAGGGCUCAAUGGCCAGCCAGCCUAUCUCUAUCUGUGAGUCCUAUGUCCCAGCAAAAGACCCUGUCUCAAACACACAAACUACGCUGCCCCCUUCCCCAGUGGAUGCCACCUGAGGAACAACCACCCAGGUUGACCUCAGGCCCCUGACCCCCACACCCAUGCAUCCACGUACAUGUGUACACACACACACACACGUUUGUGCCUAGUUAUCUAAUGAUUCCACAAAAUCAGUAUACAUCUAGAAGCACUCUUGUAAUGAUCUGGAUGUUGAGUCUGGGUGGGGUGGUGGUGUGAAUGAGAUGUCCAGGAGUCUCCAGCAUUUGAGUAUUUGGUUCCUCGUUUGGUGGCUGUUUGGGUAGGAUAGCGGAGACCUUGCUGGAGGAAGUUAUGCCACUGGGUGGACUCUGCCGUUUAUCUCCCUCUGCCUCAUGCUUUUGACUUGAGAAAUGAGCUCUCACCUGGUGCUUCAGCCCUCUGCCACCAGCGACCUCUGCCAUCACAGACCCUGUCCCCUAGAACCGUAACCCCAAUAAAAUAAGCUUCCUAGGUUG